UGGAUCAAGGUGCAGGGUCAUUUCUUAGCAAUAAACGCGAUGAAGACGUUCAUUGUUUUACUGGCAACCAUCUGCUUUGUCUCAGCCAAUCCGGCUGGAAGGAUCGUUGGAGGCGAGAACGCUGAUGAUGCCUCUGCUCCUUAUCAGGUUUCACUACAAUUUAAAAACUUCCACUUUUGUGGAGGUUCUAUUUUGAACAAAUACUGGAUCAUUACAGCUGCACAUUGCAUGGGGAGACGUUUUGAGGUAGUAGUCGGUAUUAACAGAUUAGACCAGGAAGGCUAUAGAUACCAAGUAGCCGAAAUAGUCACAUUGCCAUUCGAUUCCGAAACAAAUAAUUAUGAUUUGGCACUUGUAAAAGUUAAGAAGCCAAUUAAGUUCAACUACAGGGUACAACCAAUUCCUUUGGGCGAAGAAUAUGUCGAAGGAGGUGAAGAAGCUCGUCUUACAGGAUGGGGCAGAUUAGGAGCUGAUGACCCUGCACCAAACGAAUUGCAGGAAUUGAAUACUUUUACCAUCAGCCACAAAAUUUGCAAGAAGGCUCACCAGCAUGUGGUUUACCCAAGUCAGAUAUGUGCAUUUGUAGAAAAAGGAAAAGGAGCUUGCAUGGGUGACUCCGGUGGUCCAUUGGUCGUAAAUGGAGAACUUCACGGGGUUGUUUCCUGGGGAAUCCCCUGCGCCCUUGGAAAACCUGACGUCUUCACCAGAGUCUCACACUAUGCCGAAUGGAUCAAGGAGAAGAUCGCCGAUGAUGAAUGACAAAAUUGUUGCUAAUUUAUAUUUGAAAUAAAUUAUUGAAAGAAAUAA